CGCCGCGCUGCCGGGAUGCCGCGGCCGGGGUCGGCGCCGCGCUGGGCGGCCGCCGCGGGCCGUUGGGGAUGCAGGCUGCUUCCGGCGCCGCUGCUGAUGCUGCUGCUGCUGCUGCUGCCCGGCCCGAGCGGCGCCUCCGAGAUCACCUUCGAGCUGCCCGACAAUGCCAAGCAAUGCUUCUACGAGGACAUCAUCCAGGGCACCAAGUGCACCCUGGAGUUUCAGGUGAUCACUGGUGGUCACUAUGAUGUAGAUUGUCGAUUGGAAGAUCCCGAUGGUAAAGUCUUAUACAAGGAGAUGAAGAAACAGUAUGACAGUUUCACCUUCACAGCCUCCAGAAAUGGGACAUACAAAUUCUGCUUCAGCAAUGAGUUUUCUACUUUCACACACAAAACGGUGUAUUUCGAUUUUCAAGUUGGAGAAGACCCACCUUUGUUUCCCAGUGAGAACCGAGUCAGUGCCCUUACCCAGAUGGAAUCUGCUUGUGUUUCCAUUCAUGAAGCUCUGAAGUCCGUCAUCGACUAUCAGACUCACUUCCGACUGAGGGAGGCUCAAGGCCGAAGCCGAGCAGAGGAUCUAAAUACAAGAGUGGCCUAUUGGUCAGUGGGCGAAGCCCUCAUCCUUCUGGUGGUUAGCAUAGGGCAGGUGUUUCUUCUGAAAAGUUUCUUCUCAGAUAAAAGAACCACCACAACUCGUGUUGGAUCGUAACUACGCUUUCAGAUGCACCAAUGCCACUGUAAUAGUCCUGUCCUCUAAUUUUAGGUACUGAAGAACUUAACAUGGCAACAUUCUAAAACCCUACUCAUACUUGUUGGGAGAGAUGUACAGUGCAUAUCCCCAUGGGGAGAGGACACCUUUUUAUUUGUAAAGGUGGAAAAACUUUGGACCUUAAUGCAGCUAUUCAUAUGAAAUAUCUAACAACAAUGAUCUAUGUUUUCUUGGUUUCUAUCUACUCUUCAUAUACUAAACUUUGGUAUUCUGAUUCCUUUUGACCAUUUCAAAGUACUUUUCCUAAUAGGUAGUUGAUACUUUAAAAAAAUCUUAGAUUUAAUGUCUGUGUAUUUCAGAGGAAGAAAACUGCCUUUUAAUUGUUUAUAGUGAAUAAAGUUAUGUUUUUAAGAAAACCAAAUGUGAUUAACUGUAGCCAGGCCCUAUUCUGCACUGCUUAAUUUUAUGGGGGAAAAUAAUCUACCAUAGAACUAUUAGUUAAUAUUGAUACAAUUUUCAUUGAUAUAUCAUGAUAUAAUUUAUUUCUUGCUAGUUUGGAAAAUGUACAGGUUUUUUGGUUCAUUUGUUUUUUUUCUCAUUCUAUGAUUUAUAACUAGCUAUGUUAUUUGUUUAGAAGUGUUAUCACCACUCAGAAAAAUAGCAUAAUAGACCUUAAAAAUCAGACAGUUGUAACUGUUAGAAUAAAGAAUAAGAUGAGACACUACAAUGUGGGUAAAUGAAAUAGAAACAGUUUUAGCAGUUGUCUGUGACAUUGCAUGUCUGAGGCUUUUACAAAGAAAAGAGGCAUCUGAGUGGUUUGAACACUCUGGUAGACUAGUUCUUGUCAAGUCAUUCCCAGCCUAAGUCGACAGUUGUGAUCUAGUACCACAUAAGUGCCAUACAUUUUAUCCUCACGAUGUGAUGCACUGAGAAGUUCAUUUUUAUCUCUUCACUUUUGUCUUGUUUCUACAAUCUCUUGAUUAGCAGCCCUAAAUUUAAAAAUUUAGAAUGCUGUGAAUGUUUCCUAUUUAAAAAUCUGUAGAAUUCGUUUGUACUGUUGGUGUCUUACACCUUGUGUGGAUUAAACUGAUUGAAAUGA